GUUGUGAACUAUAAAUCUAUUCCAUGGUAUUCUAGGCGGCGAUAUGAAUAUGUUCUCUCAGAAUGCGAUGACAUGGAAGUAUCUCGGCCGUUGAGGCAUGAUAUAAGUGGCGUGGAAGACGAUGAUGGGAUCACAAUGGAAUUGCGAAGACGACUGAAACGAGUGGCUAGCAUUCCAUGUGACAUCGAUCCUAUGGCCAUAGAUACAAGCAUAGAUUUCACUAAGAUCGGUGGUCUUGAUCGACAUAUACAAUCUUUGCAAGAAGUUAUACUCUUUCCACUGUUGUAUCCCGAGGUCUUUUCCCAAUUCGAUAUUACACCACCAAAAGGAGUUCUCUUUUAUGGUCCCCCAGGUACGGGUAAAACAUUAGUUGCUAGAGCGCUGGCGAACGCAUGUAGUAAAGGUGCUCGAAAAGUAUCAUUCUUUAUGAGAAAAGGCGCCGACUGCCUUAGCAAAUGGGUUGGAGAAUCCGAAAAACAACUUCGAUUACUUUUCGAGCAAGCUUAUAAGAUGCGACCAUCCAUCAUAUUUUUCGAUGAAAUAGAUGGUUUAGCACCUACGAGAAAUUCCAAACAGGAUCAAGUUCAUAGUUCUAUUGUAUCAACAUUAUUAGCUCUCAUGGAUGGUUUGGAUAACCGUGGAUCUGUUAUUGUUAUUGGAGCAACAAAUAGACUGGAUGCGAUUGACCCAGCGUUAAGGCGUCCCGGAAGAUUCGAUCGCGAAAUGCAUUUCAGUCUUCCGGAUACAAAUGCUCGUCUUGCUAUUUUGAAGAUACAUACAGCCGCAUGGAAUGCAAAUCGACCUUCACUAGAGAAUUUACAGUGGUUGGCCGCAAAAACUUCAGGUUAUUGUGGUGCUGACAUCAAAUCUUUGUGUACUGAGGCCGUUCUUGUUUCGCUGCGGUCGAAAUUUCCUCAGAUGUAUACAUCGUCUGAAAAAUUAAUGAUUGAUCCAGCAUUACUAGUGAUUGAUAAAAGUCACUUUAUAACAGCAAUGCAGCGUAUCGUUCCAGCUGGAUUGAGAGAUUUUUCCGUGCCUUCUCGUCAACUUGAUGAUCGCCUUGCUAUUUUGCUUAGUUCAACAAUAAAAUCGUUGAUUGAAGACAAAGUUCCAACAGGUUAUCGAAGCUCAUAUCAGCAUGAUAUGGUUGAAAUAAGUGUCACGGAGAAAGUAUUGAAAACAUUAGCUGCAUCACCUGUUGUUCCAUCUGUACGUUUGUUGAUUCAUGGAAAUUCAAGUGACUGCGGACAAACAUCUUAUGUGUUGCCUGUGGUUGUAAAUUGUCUCGAUCAUCUUCCUGUUUUCUCACUUUCGAUUGCCAGCUUAUUUUCCUCAGGCUCACCAGAAGAAAGUUUUUCGCAAGCAAUUCAAUCUGCAAUACGUUCAGCAUCCACAGGUACUCCAUGUAUUCUUCUUAUUCCAUCUGUUGAUAUGUGGCAUCAAACCGUUCCGAGAUCUGUUUGGAAUUUGUUGAUCACUGCACUUGACUCCUUCACUGGUUUUACUUCGAUACUUCUUCUAGCAUCUGCUGAAUGCCAUUAUUCGAAACUUUCUUGGAAAUUUUAUAUAUAUAUGUCUUUUUUUGUCAAAAAUCUCGACUUUUUUAUUAAUUUAGCCCAGUUUUCUCGUGAUAGACGAUUUUCCGCAUUCGCACAACCGGUUGAUCCUGCAGAAGUUCCCGAUUAUUAUGAUAUAAUCAAAAAUCCAAUGGAUUUAUCUACUAUGUUUUCCAAAGUUCAAUCAUACAAAACACCAGAAGAAUUUGUGAAUGAUUUUCGUUUGAUUUACGCAAAUGCUAUGGAAUAUAACCCGCCAGAUGCAGAAGGUCGUUUGAUUCAGCAGAAUGCAAAAUUAUUGUUGGAUCUUGGUCAACGCGCGGCAUUUGAAUUAGAUACAAAUUUUCUACGCGGAAUAGAGGCUGUUGAAAAAUGCAGUGGUUGGCCUCUUGUAGAGCUUGAAAGAGUUGCUGCUGCGUUAGCACAAAUAAUUGACAGUUAUCGUGAUAUUUAUGAUCGAACUGAGCUACCUAGCCAACUUUUAUUAACGUUUUUGGCAAAUCGGUGUUGUUGGCACAUCUCCAUUCUUCGCAGAAAUUGGCACUUUUUGUUUUUUAUAUUAUUCUUGCUUAUAUUCAAUUGUGGAUUUAUUUAUGUAUAA